AUGACUGAAGACCUGCCUACCAAAGACGUGUCUCCUGCUCCCGGUCAUCAUGGUAACCUCAAUGCCGACCAAAAAUCGAAGUUAUCUUUUAUGUGGGACCUUGUUUUUACCGUGCUGAAUCACCCCGACAAAGCAGUAAAGGGCGAGUUCAGCGAGGAAGACGAGCUGGGUCAUCACGAUGCCCAUCUUUCUAAGCAAGAUCAACAGAAGCAGGCCAAGUCCUUGAAGGAGGAGCAAGAGGCACUUCGGGAAUUGUUUGCGACUCACGGGGUGGAAGAGUUUCAUGACCAACUCUGGUUCUUGUUUGGUCCCGAUAUUCCUGACAUGAUCAUGCUCAAGUUUCUUCGUGCUCGCAAGUGGAAUGUGCAUCGUGCAUUUGCAAUGCUGUGUAAGUGUGUUAAGUGGCGCAUCGAAAGCGAUGUGAUGGGUAUAGUUGCCAAAGGUGAUUUGGGACUGUCAAGGGAAGACCCGGCAUACGCCAGCCAGGGUCCUGCAGAGAAAGUAUACUCUCUAGGUUAUUCGGAUAAAAACGUCAUGCCUGUGAUCAUGAUUCAUGUGAAAAACCAUAUCGCUGCUACCCAGCCGGCAGAAACAAUGACAAAGUUCGUCAUUUCUGCCGCCGAGACCUUCCGAACCCUUGUCGUUUAUCCGAAUGACAAAGUCAUUGUUGUUUUUGACAUGUCUGGAUUUGGCAUGAGAAACAUGGAUUGGCAUUCAUUAAUGACCGUCUUAAAGAUCCUGGAGGGAUACUACCCGGAAACAUUGGCAAAGCUAUAUAUUUAUCGGGCCCCAUGGAUUUUUCAAGGUAUUUGGAAGGCUAUCAACCCUCUUCUCGAUCCAGAAAUCCGUAAUAAAAUCAAUUUUUGCAAUAAGUCCGACGAAUUGGACGUCGUACCGCAGCAUAUUUGUGAAGACACUAUCGGAGGAGAUCAGGUCGAUGUCGUCAAGUGGGUCGAGCCGCAGCCCGGUGAAAAGGAAGGUCUUGAUCGCAAUGAUCCCAAGCGUCAAGAAAUGUGGAAAUCUUAUCGCGACAUAUCUCGGGACUACGAAGAAGUCACGAAAAAGUGGAUCAUUUCGGAUGGUCAGGAUGACAGACUGAAUGCGGAACGUGAUCAACAAUCCAAGCGACUCCGCUUAAAGUAUAUUGAAUUAGAACCUUUUUUACGUGCCAGGUCGAUGUAUCAACGAGCAGGAAUUAUAAACGAAGAUCUUCUUUUGCAAUUUACCUACAAGCAAAAAGAUGGUCGCGUACUUAGACAAGUGACUGGUGCAGAUUAUGCCCGUCCUGCUUUAGCAAAAGCUGUUGAUGCGUAUACCAAGAGAUCGGAGGAGUCCAGGUGGUCUACUGUGUCUGGAAAUGAUAUUGCAUCCAAGGAGAAAUCUGGGAUGAAAGCUGGCGUGACAGUUGCUACAGGCUCAGAAAAUUUUGCAGCUCGUCCGCCCCAGAGCAAAAAUGACGCUGCCAAUCAACAUGUCCAAACAAGUAAUGUCAUGACUGGCCAACAUCAACAUGUGUCGGCCGAAAAUCCUUAUGAUCGUGCCCAGAAAAGCCGCUCCAGUUUGUCAGUGGAAGCGCGAGAAAAUCGUCUGCCAGAAUCCAACAUGGUUGGCAGUGCUGAUACAACUAGCGCUUGCGCUAAUGUUUCGGACAAUGCAACUAAGCAAUCGAUUGAUCAGUCUCAAACUUCCGAGAUGUUUAAUGCCAAUCGACAGUACCGCCCCCGCGGUGGUUCGAAUGCUCCUUCAAUCGUUUCAUCUAUGAGCGACGACGUGUUUGUGGAUGCUGAUGACUUUGAAGAGCACGAUUCAAGUGUCACAAACGGCCUGCGUGAAAUAGGUGCAGGAGAAUCUGGUGACCCACAUACUGUUGGCGACAGCUGGCACAAUCAAAUCAAGCGAAGCUCCGGUGUGCCUGAUCGCAGCAAAGGUAUUCCUGCUCAUUCGAAUGGUCGUGGUUCUCAGCACAUGGAUGCUGAGAAUGAUCAGCUGGCGGGAUUUCCUAACCUUGCUCACUCCGAAAAAUUAGAAGAAAUCGCGGAUAACAACGAGAAAAUGCGUGAACCCUUUGACCCCACUGCUGGGCGUAAAAAACCCAGCCUUCUCUCUCGUUUGAUGUGUUGCGGUGGGACAACAGAAUAA